CUCAAGUGGCCGGACAGGGACGCACCAACAUGCCUGCAACAUGGUUCCACCAAGACAGUGCUCAAAACAAAGGUCACCACCAUCUAGUGUGGCUCUGCAUAUUGGCUUCGUCAUACUUUGCUACUGCAACGAAGAUUACCCCGCUGAGAGGACACGUUGGGGGAGAAGUUGUUUUUCAGUGUUUUAAGCCACACGAGAAAUACAAAUUAUUGUAUUUACAGAGAGGGGAGGACUUUGUGAAUGGUUACUAUGAAUCUAAAAGCAUGUCACUCUAUAAGCCAUGGCCUAACAGCAGAGUGAACAAAACACAAAAUGCCAUCUCCUUGUCUACACUGAACGUUUCUCAUGCCGGACAGUACACCUGUUACUGUGAGAGCACUAAAGGUCUACAGAAUCAGACUGAGAUAGAGCUGAUCAUCACAGCCAACUACAGCAAACCAUCAAUACAUCACAAUUGUACUGACAAAAAGGACCAAUGUCUGGUGUGGUGCUCUUCACACGGUGGCUACCCCAAAAAUAAAAUCAUAUGGAACGUAACUACAUUGGAAGGGCCUCCCAUUGCAAUGAUGUGGAGAAAUGACAGCUUUAAAGAAGACAAUAAUACACAGUUAUUCAACAUCUCCAGUAUGGCAUCCUUUAACUGUUCCACUGGGAAGCAGAACAUCAGCUGUUCUGUGGAUGGGGUCUCCUCGGUUCUCUCUGUCUGUGAACAAGAAGGUUCUACAGAUACAGCACAUGCCAAUAUAAUCCUAGCAGUUCUGUGUGCAGUUCUCAUUAUAGGUGCCAUCAUAUGCAUUAUAUGGUGUUUCUGUAAGAAUAAAAUCAGACAGUGCUUGGGGUGUAGUCGUAUGAGCAACAGUGUGAUAUGAAUGAAGAUGAUCUGUAUUCCCUCACAAUGG